UUCGAUUCCCGAGGAGGAAUUGGUAGCUUCUCUUUUUGUCUGCUAGCUUUGUAAAGUUGAAUGAGAGUUUUAUAAUUCUAUAUAUCUUUUUACACAGUGGCUUUGAUUGAUCUGAAUAUUUUACAAGAGAGAAGCAGAUCUGUGGAUCAACAACAAACUCUAGAGGAUCAUUACAAUUAUCAUCAAAGGUUUUGAUUUUGUGGAUCAACAAAAGACAUGAAUUCUUUUACACAUGUUCCUCCAGGUUUUAGAUUCCACCCUACGGAUGAAGAAUUAGUUGAUUAUUACCUCAGAAAAAAGAUUGCUUCAAAAAGAAUUGACCUUGAUGUCAUUAAGGAAAUUGAUCUUUAUAAAAUUGAGCCAUGGGAUCUUCAAGAAUUGUGCAGGAUUGGAAGUGAGGAGCAAAGUGAAUGGUACUUUUUUAGUCAUAAAGACAAGAAGUAUCCAACAGGGACUAGAACAAAUAGAGCUACAAAAGCAGGAUUUUGGAAAGCAACUGGAAGAGAUAAGGCUAUUUAUCGUAAGCAAUGUUUAGUUGGAAUGAGAAAGACAUUGGUUUUUUAUAAAGGUCGAGCACCAAAUGGACAAAAAUCAGAUUAUAUAAUGCAUGAGUACAGACUUGAAACCAAUGAGAAUGCCAAUACUAUUCAGGAAGAAGGUUGGGCAGUGUGUAGGGUAUUCAAGAAAAAACUACCAACAUCAAUAAGGAGAGAAGGAGAUCAAUUAUACCAACACGAGUCACUAUGUUGGUAUAACGAUGACCAAUUAGUCUCCAAUUUCACGCCUAAUUUUGACUCUCCACAACGUAACAGUUUUCCAAAUCCAUAUAAUGUUACACCUUCAUACCAUCAUCAAUUACCCUACAACAAUAUGCAUCAACACCCUCAUAAUAAUGAUGCAUUAUUUCUUCAACUCCCUCAAUUAGAGUCUCCAAAAAUCCCUCCAUCCUAUGGAUCAAUCAACAACAACUCAAUUUACAAUAACAACAACAACUAUGAUCAAGUGACCGAUUGGCGAGUACUCGAUAAAUUUGUUGCAUCUCAAUUAAGUACUCAACAAGAUGGCUACAAUGCUGCUUGCUCUAGUUCCCCAGCAUCUGAAAAAAUGAACAUGCAGCUUCAAACUGAUACUAAGGGACAAGAAAUGAGUUCAGAAAUUGCCUCAUUAUCUGCUUCAAGUUCACAAUUUGACAAUUUAUGGAAGUAA